AUGGAUAUUCACAGGUGUCGUUUUGUGGAUUAUACGCCGCACAGCGUCACGGCGCUAGCGUUUUCACACACGCUGGCCGUCUCGGGCCAUCCUCCCAAGGGUCUUAGAAUGGCUCUCGGAAGAUCCAAUGGAGACAUUGAAAUCUGGUCUCCUCGUGCCAACUGGACCCACGAGAUGACGCUACCGGGUGCACGUGGACGCACUGUCGAGGGCUUGGUUUGGGCGACGCCAAAAAACGGAAACGCAUGCCCUAGGCUCUUUUCCAUAGGAGGAAGCACAUACAUCACCGAAUGGGAUCUCCGUACGCUCCGGCCCAAGGCCAACUACGACUGCAAUGCCGGUGUGAUUUGGUGUAUUGAUGCCAACGAGGCAGGAGACCGCUUGGCUGUGGGCUGUGACGACGGAAGCGUCGUAUUGGUGGAUAUCUCUGGAGGACCAGGAGUGAUGGAACACCACAUGAUCUGCCAGAGACAGGACCAGCGUGUGUUGGGACUUGCUUUCUACGGAAGGGACAUGGUUGUGGCCGGCUGUGCUGAUGCCCUGGUUCGCUGUUGGCUGGUCAAGGAGGACGAUGCUGAUAGAGGUCGUAUUGUGGGAACAAUGAAGGUAGACCGCAGCAAAACAGAAUCCACGCUUGUGUGGACGGUGGUGGCGUUCCCAGAACGUGGCCAGUUCGUCACCGGUGACAGUACAGGAUCCGUGAAGGUGUGGGACGCUAAGAACUACACCAUGGUGCUGAACUUCAAUGCUCACGAAGCCGAUGUGCUCUGUUUGGCCAGAAACGCCGCCGGCGAUAAAUUCUUCUCAGCGGGCAUCGACAGAAAAAUCCACCAGUUUACCUGCCUCAGGCCCCGUGCUGAGCCCAAGAAGCAGAAGGCCCGCUGGAUCGAUAACGGCAGCAGACUCAUGCACGCCAACGACGUUCGUGCCAUGGCUAUCUACGAAAGCAAGAGUUUUGGCGUGCUCGUCAGCGGCGGUGUUGAACGUUCUUUUAUCGUGCAAGAAACGGAGCUGUUUGAAAACGGCCCAUUCAAGAAAAUUCUCAUGGACCAGCAGGUUUCCAACAUAUACGUGCACCCACAGAGCCGCCAUGUGGCGCUUUUCCAGGACCAGACGGUUAAGAUCUGGGCCUUGGCGGACCACAGACACAGGCUUGUCGCUAAGCUUACAUUGGCUGACGACGACAAUAUCACCAGUGUCAGCAUAGGCGAGGAGUUUGAAGAAGGAAAGCAGUAUUUGGCUGUUGCUACAAUCAACCUGGUGAAAGUGUUCACUUUGGAGCAGCAAGGCCCCAAAUUGGCUGUCACCAAGAUCCGUGACGACGAGUUUGACGCUGCCGUUGCUGGUGCAAAGAAGGUGUGGGUCUACAAAUCUUCCAAGCUCCUCGUAUUGACGCCAGAAAACGAGUUCUACAAAUUCAGCAUUGACAAAAAAAUUAAUCUCGUCGACGAAGUUGACAGUGUCGACGAGGGUAGCGAAACUGCUGUUGUUAAAAGCGGCAUCGACUACCUCAACAGCGUUCGCUGUGUCUCUAUUUCACCAGACCACACGAAAAUCGUGGUUGCCAGAUUCAACGAUGCCGUAGAGGUGCUUCCCCUCCAGGGCAAACAAAAGCCUUUCCUUUUGACCAAGCCCUCCACUUCGGUGCAUCUCAUGGAUGUCACCUCAGACAACACUGUCGUGGUGAUGACGCAAGAAAACAAAAUCUACGAGUUCCUCCUCAAACUGGGCGACCGUCUUUUGUCGGAAUGGUCCGAGAGAAACUCAGAAAACGUGCCUCUGGCGCUUCUUAAACAAGCCCAAAAACCAAUGGGUCUUUUUGUAAGCGACAAGAGAGUGUGGGUUUACGGCAGCACCUGGAUGGCAUUUGUCGACAUGACGAAAAACCUAAGACAUGCCGUCUCCCGUGGCUCCAACAAGAGAAGCCACAACGGUCUCAGCAUCAAUGACGAGGAAGACAUUGGAGAGCAGAUCGUCAAGGAUCUUGUGAAGAACGACGAUGAGGAUGAAGAGAUGGUGGACGACGACGACAAGGAAAAGCCCGCUUUCUGGAUAACACAAAAGUACAGACCCAUUCUCAAGGUGGCUGCUGUGCAGCAGGACUUGUUGGUGGUGGAGAGAGACGCAUUUGCAUUGCCCCAGGCGCUGGCCUUUGAUGUGCCCGUCUACCGUGUUUAA